AUGGAGCAUAUUGUUUCUAUUGACGAGCUGCACUCGAGGAAGGUUGUUAGAAGCAAAGCUUGUGAAGGAAGCAGCAGCCGCAACCGGCCUGCCAUUACCAGGGAGGAAAGGUUUAGAAAUUUUAUGGACGAAGGAGACCAAGCAAGAGAGGUGGAAGCCCUUGGUGGAAGCCCACCAGCAAAAAUACAGAAGGUUACAUUCUUGCUGCGAGAUCACAAGCAUUUCGUUAAGUACUUUGAGCCAAGAGUGGCAUCACUUGGUCCUAUCCAUCAUGGCAAGCCAAAGUACCAGCUAGGAGAGAAGUACAAGCUUAGAUUGGCAUAUGAGUUCGUCCAUGGGAAGAGUAUAAAUCUUUUGUACGAGGUUGAGAAGGAAAUCAAGCAACUGAGGGAAUGCUUCGAGGAGGAGGUGAUAGAGAAGUAUGAUGAUGAGGCACUCGCCUGGAUAUUGUUCGUGGAUGGCUGCGCAAUACUACAAUACAUAUUAUGCGCUACAAAUGACCAGUUCAAAGAGUUGAACAUCAAAACCGAUAGCGUAGCCUUCGCUCAUCAGGAUUUGUUCUUGCUGGAGAAUCAAGUUCCUUACCGUCUCCUCAAGUUAUUGAUGAGCUUGAGUGGGAAGGAAGAGGACUUGAGAAAAUCGAUUGAACAUUUCAUUCGAAAUGUUACUUAUCAGCGACCAAAACAAGAAGAAAGAGACCCGACCCAUCUUCUUGACCUUCUGAGAACAACACUCUUGGGUCCACCCCGGAAACCCAACUCAUCUCGUAAAGGUCUAUGGACACGUCAACACGACCCAGAUUGGCAAUCUUAUCGCAACUUGCAAGAGCUUAAAGCAGCAGGAAUCCAUUUGAAACGUAACAAGAAUAAUGUGGACGACUCAACCGGCCCCAAAUUCAUGAACUUGAUAGCUUAUGAAAUGUGCUUGGAUUUCGAGAACGACUUCGGCAUCAGCUCUUAUAUGUCCUUCCUAGAUUCACUCAUCCUUGAUGCCAACGACGUCAAAGAUCUGAGGAAGGCACGCGUACUCUACAACUUCCUCGGAAGCGAUCAAGAAGUGGCUAACCUCUUCUAUGAGAUUGGCACCGAGUUGGUGCCUAACGCCGAAGCUUAUAAGGAUGUCAAUUUCCAGAUUCACGACUACUUCGAGAACCAUUGGUUGAUGGCCUGGAUGGGAAAAUUCUAUCACAAUCAUUUCAGCGCCCCCUGGAGUAGGACUAAUUUCGUGUACUCAAUAAUAUUAAUACUUGGUCUAACUGCCAUUCAGGCUUGGUACACAGUCCACCCUCCCCCUGGCCCCUGCGAUGACUUUUGCAAGAAAUCAGGAUGA